UGAUGAAAAGUUCUCAAACCAAUUCAAACUUGGCAUAAUUACAAGAUAACUAUAACAAAAUUCAUAUGUUAAGUGCAAGAACAAAUAAAUUAGGGUUAAAAUCUUAAAUGCCUCAAAAAGAAACCCGAUAAUUUUCACACCAUGUUGAUGGAAUAUAAAGAAAAUAGAUAAAAGUUAAAAACUUACUUGUGAUAACUGAUGAUUAAGUAAAAUAAUUCAUUAUUCUUAAGAAACUGUUUCAUAAGGUUUAAGAGAGCAUACAAUCUUAUAGAAGUCCUAAGAACUUUCAAACAAUUGAAUAGGAAUGCCCAAAUCAUUUAGAUAAUGGGAAUAAGAAAAAUUCAAGAAUGCUUUCUCCAAAAGAAUAAAACGAAAUGAUUGAAUAUUUAUAGAAGAAAAAUGAAGAAUUAGUUCAAGAAAAUAAAGAAAAGCAAUAACUAAUAAAUAGACUAUUAGGAGCAUGUAAUGGAACCUAAAAAAUAAAGAAAAUGCAAUCACCUAAAUCUUAAUCGAUAUUUUAAUAGAUUCCAAAAUCAGCUGAUGCUAGAAAUAAGAUGGAUACUGAUAUUCGACUGCCUUUAAUUAAGACACCAGAACCAUUUUUAGAGUAGAGAUAAGAUAAAUAGAUAGUUUAAAAUGAAAAUUAAAGAAAUGACUUGCUAAAUUUAUAUAACAUGAGUUUUGGAAAAUAAAUUAAUUUAAAUGAAGAAAAAAAAGAAUAAUUGGAAUUAACAUCUAAUUAAAAUAGGUAAACCAAUCCAAGAGAAAAGAUGUAUUCAUAACCAAAUCAACCAUUGAAGAAGAAUCAUUUUUCAAGGGUUCUUUUAAAAUUACCUUAAGAAUUUCAUUUAGAAAUUGAAAAUCAAAAAAGUUAGCUUUGA